AUGGCAAUAUUGUCUGGUAAACUCGCAGGUAUUAUUUUGCCAAUUGACUAUUUUGGUGUGCAUUUAGAUUCACAAGGAAAAGUUAUAGACCUAAAAUUAGCCGCUCAGAAUUUUCACUAUUCGGGAGAAGCUCUUUGUGAAAUUUGGCGUCCUAAGAAUUGUAAAAGAGUUUGGUUUGAUAACAUUACAAUUGAAGAAAUGUUAGAAGGGUUUAUUGGUUAUUCAAAUGAUUUAGCUUCAGAAUAUUCAGAAAUAGAAUUGGAACUAAAAAAUGAAGAGUUAGAAACAAAGGUAGAAGAGUUUGAUGAUGAGCAUCAAAUGUUUGAAAUAGUGUUGAAAUAUGAUGUUGUAAUGGAAAAACUUCUGGAUUGA